AUGCCGGCGCUGGAACCUGUCGUGCCCUGCUGCUCCCCGCAACAAGCGCCAGCGCCGCUCGCGGCUCCUGUUCCGCGCAGGCUGGAGAGGCGGAAGUCGUUCCCGCAGCGGAGCACCAGGAGGAGCGACAUUGGCGAAAUCGGCGAGUUCGGCGGAUUCGUUGAACUCCGCGAAGUUGACGAGUGUCUGUUUGAGAGAGGCUCGGAGACCACUCCCACCGUUCCUGCCACUGCCAGAGGCAGUGGGCCGCGAGGAAGGUCAAGCUGUGGUGUGCAGAUGACGACCGACCACGGGCAAGCCAAUGCCAGCGCGCCAUCAGUAGAAGCCAUGCCGGGUAUACACACUGCUGGUGAUAAUGCCGGUGAUGGGGAUGGUGGUGAGGAAGGUGAUGGUGCUGACCAUGCUGCGGGCGACAGUGGUGCUGCUGAUGCUUCUGAUAGAGCCGACGGUGCUGACGGCGGCGGUGCCGAUGCGUUUACACUGCUGCUGGAUGAUGCUGUGUCGCCUGCUGGCUUCCAAGCGGACAGGCUGAGUGUUACAGAGAGUGAGGGGGGCGUGGUGGGUGAGGAGGAGGCGUAUGAGUGGGCGAGGAGAGUGGUGCGAUCAGGGAUGGAAGCUGAGAUGGAGCAGGGCGGCCGUCUGCUGGAGACACAGGAUGAUGCAGAGGGUGGGGAGGAGGGUGCGGGGGAGCGUGGGGGUGAAGGUGCGGGGGAAGAUGCGGCCGAGGAUUUGGCAGCAGGAGAGGUGGUGGCAGAAGAGAGGAGACAGGCGGAGCAGGGGAUUAAUCUGACACAUGCUGGGCGUGGUGCGAUGGUGACUUUUGAGUCGACUCAAAAGUCACGUGGUGCGAUGGAGGACCAGAGCAGUGCCAGGCAGCUAUCUGAGACUGAGAGCAAUACUGCUAGGCUGGUCCUCACUUCCACAGACACUUCCAGUGAGGCCCCCAGUGAGAAUUCCCCCAGUGAGACUUUGACUGAUGGGUCUGGGCAAGAAUCUGGGGAGGAGCAAGGGAGGGAUGUGGACAGGGUGCUUAGCGAGGUGGGAGGUGCGGGGAUAGAGGGACCGGAUGGAGGCAGUGGGUAUAUGGGCACCCUCGUCGCCCGCCCCUUCACCAUGCAGCGAAGACUCUCAGAGGUGGAUCAAGAAGCGACUGACGGCCCUGCAUCGCCCACGCUCUCUCCAUCCCUCUCCCUCACUCCGGACCCCUUCCAAGUCUUCUCCCGCUCCACCUACCGCCCCACCUUCCGCUCCACCACCCGCACCAGCCGUGUCAGCCGCAGCAGCCACACCAGUCGCACCAACAACACCAGCCGCACCAGCUGCACUAGCUAUGGCACUGUUCUCUUCCCUGCUGUCUUCUCGCCUGCGCUCUCCGGCCGGCCUGACAGCUCAUCUGAUCAUCGUGGAUGGUCCAGUCCUGCUACCAGUAAUGGGCAUGGGCUGACCCGUGCUGCUAGCAGCGGGGCGACCGGUGCUGCUGACUGGGCGGCGAGAGGGAGUGGCGGGGAGAGUGGUAGAGGUAGUGGUGGAUGGGGCUGGGGAGGGAGUGAGGGGCGGGGGAGUGGUGCGUGGGGCAUGGGGGAGGUGAUGGGGGAGGGCAUGGGGGAGCGGAUUGGAGAGGCGAUGGGGACGGAGGGUGGUGCGGGGCAACUGCCGUAUGAGGAGCUGCUGCUGCUGGAUGAAGGCAUUGCACCGAGGGGGCUCACUCCACGGGAACUGUGGGGGCUGGAUCGACUCACUGUGACCCACGCUGACGUGCACUCACACCCAGAUUGCCAGAUAUGCCUUUCUUCCCCAGUGGAAGGUGACCUCUUGGCGAAUCUCCCUUGCCACCAUACCUUCCACAACGCGUGCAUCACAACAUGGUUUGCUCGGAACCGCACCUGCCCACUUUGCCGCUUCGAGAUCGCCACCACCAGCUAA